UGCUUCAACACAUGAGCAGUUUAAAAUCUAUGAUAGUUGUGAUGAAACACGCGUUUUGUAGUUGGAUAGUGUGGUCCUUUAUGUAGCUACUUUUUCAAACACUCGACAGAAGUGUACAUCGAUUACUGGAUAAUUUUACGAACCAGCAAAUUGGAUGGAAUGUAGCUUGCUGUGACGGUAGCGACGAUCGUAAACGAGAAAAAUGUCCGAAAGUGUCGCUUCAUCCUGCGCUCGAGGGAGCUUUGUGGAAUUCUCUCCAACGAGGAAUCGCGACACUGACAAGGAAAACGAUGUUGCUGUUUUGAGCCUGCACCUGUUUUCGAAGGCUACUUUUGUAUCUUUCGGGACAGUGAAAAUAGGCACCUCCAAGUCGACAGCUCUGCGCAUCGAAAACCCAACAGAAUUUGCGGAGGCUGUGCUGACUGUUGACAAGAUCCCAUCAAGCAAAGGCUUUUCUGUGGACAACAACACAUUCACAAUUCGGCCACUGGGCUCUCAUACCCUGACACUCACCUGGACACCAACAGAAGAGGGUGGAAUCAGAGAACUGAUUGUCUUCAAUGCCAAUGGGAUCGUCAAGCACCAGGCAAUUUUGCUGGGAAAAGCGGAAGCCCCCCAAAAGAAAAAGAGGCGCUUAUGGGAUGCUAUUAAAAAGAAGAGGGCAGGUGAAAAAGGAUCUCCUUACAGGGGAAAGUGGUCGGCGCUACCCACCAAGAUGGCUGCCAAUAAAACCCUCCAUGUGACCUGGAAGCAACAGUAUGAACCCCGGAGUCCUCUCGCUUCUCUCAAUGAUGGAAAAACCGGCAGAGACAAGUCCACUGGGGAGCACGGUCUCCUCGAGGGUUACUCUCUGAAAUCCAAACCGCAAAAGCCUUUCAACGCCGUCCGAAAGCAAUGGUCUUUGGCGAGCCAGGAGAAUCACUCAUCUCUUGUCUCGGACACAAGCGAGAAAGAGAUGAAAGCGGGCUCGGGUUCUUUGGCUGGGAAGCUUGAAAACAAAGACCUGGCGAAAAUACUUAAGACACUGUCCCCUAUUGGGACACCGGAGAGGUUCCAAAAGAUCAUGCCUCACAUUCAGCCGGUGGGAUGCACUGCUGCCGUGACUUCGCCGACGUGCCCGGCGGUAUCUCUAAACGAUGCCCUGGCACUCAUCGACUCCGGUUUCGCUCUGGUCAACCGCAGCACGAAAGACUCCAGUACAAGUAGUGACUUUUCAGAUUCCCUGGAGUUUAAAAGCGAGGAUCCCGAGCGUUUCAAAGCCCACCCCGAUAGCCCGGAAGAGUCCAUGGAGCCGCGGCUUACUUUCUUUGUCACCAAAAAAGUUGGCGGGCCCAAAGCGGAAAACCCCGAGAGACCUAAAAUAUUGUCCUUCAACUGUGAGACGGUGAUAAAAAGCAAAGCGCCGGCGACAAAUUGUCAAAGUGGGCAAAGAAUAAAGAAGUCGAGGCGGCGCCUGAUGGAGAAAACACUUGAGUUGUCGGAAGGCAGCAGCCAGUGCGAGUCCGGCCCGGGGACCCCCCACCUCCCCGUAAUAGAACCAGACACAAGGACGGCUGGUUCCCUUGGCGGCGACAGCCAAACAGUCCAAGAAUUUAAUGGCAGACCAACGGCAAGACUCUGUGAUGCUCAAUUGCCCAUCGGACUCGAUGGAAGCUCUCCUCCAACUAGACCUCACUUGAGUUUUUCCUCCCCGCCCCACAACGUCGCCCCCAUGACAUUCACAAUCUCCUCCCCGUUACCCCUGGACCAGUCUUCUCCACUUCACUCCAGCGACACAAGUCAUCCCCAACCUGAACCCUCCCGGGAAACGGAUAUUCUUCCCCGAGCGGUCUCGGAGCGGGAGGACGUCUCGCCUGUGCGCAGCCUGACAAAGAGCCGAAAGAGGAAGAGUGAAGAAUAUUUGAGAGGUGCCACGAAGACCGACGGCGGUGGGAAAAGCCAGCGGGUUAAAAAGAGCAAAACGACGGUGGCUUGGAAAAGUCAGCCCGUGAAAUCAACGCAGGAGAGGAGGAAGUCACAGAGGCGGUCGAUCAAAUCGAAAGGUUCUCCGCAUGCAAUGACAACAUCCAUCAAGACCCUAACGUCGUCCGUCUCGACUCAGACGCAGCCAGCGAGCGCCAAACUCCCCCUACGAGGCGCCCACGCGCGGAGGUCACUCGGAGCAGAGCACGGCAAGUGUGUGAAGAUGGCCCCGGUCGCCAUGUCAAAGUUGAUCUUUGUCAAAACGACUCGGACAGCCAUCCCCAGGCAUCCGCUUCCUUUUGCCGCCAAGAACAUGUUCUACGACGAGAGAUGGAUCGAGAAGCAGGAGAGGGCUUUCACGUGGUGGCUCAACUAUGUCCUGACCCCGGAUGAUUUUAAAGUCAACACAGAAAGCACCAAGGUGAAUGCUGCGCCUCUGGCGAUGGGCUGCAGCGACAAGUUCCACGUCCCCAAAGCCCCCACCAAAGAAGAGAUGUCGUUCAGCACGUACACCGCCCGGCGAAAGUUAAACCGACUCCGCCGGGCCGCCUGUCAGCUCUUCACCUCCGAGACGAUGGUCAAGGCCAUUAAGAGGUUGGAACUCGAAGUGGAGGCAAAGAGGCUGCUCAUCCGCAAGGACCGCCAUCUUUGGAAAGAUAUAGGAGAACGUCAAAAAGUUCUCAACUGGCUUCUUUCCUACAAUCCUCUGUGGUUAAGGAUUGGGCUUGAGACGAUCUUUGGGGAGAUGAUCUCGCUGGAGAGCAACAGCGAUGCAGUGGGUUUGGCCAUGUUCAUCCUCCAGCGUCUUCUCUGGAAUCCCGACAUCGCAGCCGAGUUCAGACAUUCAAAAGUUCCUCAUCUUUACAAAGAUGGCCACGAGGAGGCGCUGUCGAGCUUCACGCUGAAGAAGCUGCUCUUGCUGGUGUGUUUCUUGGACAAGGCCAAAGCUUCUCGCCUGAUUGAGCACGACCCGUGUCUGUUCUGCGUUGACGCAGAGUUCAAGACAAGUAAAGACUUGUUGCUGGCCUUCUCGAGAGACUUCCUAAGCGGGGAGGGCAUUCUCCCUCGGCAUCUCGGCUUCCUUGGAUUACCAGUCUCUCAUGUUCAAACCCCCCUCGACGAAUUCAGCUACGCUGUGGUGAAUUUGGCCGUUGACUUGAAAUGUGGAAUCAGACUCGUAAGGGUGAUGGAGCUCCUCAUAAAGCAGUGGGGGUUGUCGGCAAAGCUGCGACAGCCGGCCAUCAGCCGCCUGCAAAAAAUCCACAACGUGGAUAUUGCCUUGCAAGUGCUCAAAAUCAGGGGGGUGGACCUGAAGGAUGAACAUGGUUCCGUCAUCGAUUCCCGAGACAUUGUGGAUGGUCACCGAGAGAAGACGCUGAGCCUCCUGUGGAAAAUCAUCUUCUCAUUUCAGGUGGAGGUGAUUUUGAACGAGGGUCAGCUGAGGGAGGAGAUUCUCUUCUUGAGGAGAACCCUCAGGUCAAAACGGAGGUUGGCUUCCGUGAGGGCCGGCCGUGGCCUUGAGCCAAGUGCGCUCAAGACCAAGGCGCCGUAUGAGCAUCGCAGCGCUAAAGUCGUUCUGCUGAUGGAGUGGGCCCGCGCCGUGUGCGACUUCUACAAUCUGACGCUGGAGAACUUCACCGUGACCUUCUCCGAUGGCCGCGUCCUCUGCUACCUAAUCCACCACUACCAUCCCAGUCUCAUUUCGGAGGAGUCGCUCCGUCACAGCACCACCCAAACUGUCGAUUGCUCGUCGAGGGGUCGCCUGGAGCUCAACUGCUCGGCCAUCGACUCCGACUGCUCUUUCGACGACGCUCCCGAAAGCCCGAAUGGCCCCGAGAGUCCCUCUGCGGAGUUUAAAAAGCUACUGGAAAACGAGAAAAGCAACUUUGGGCUGGUUAAUGCUGCGGUGGCUUUCCUGGGCGGAGUGCCUUCCAUGAUCAACCCGGCUGACAUGUCCAACACCAUCCCCAAUGAGCAGGUUGUGAUGUGUUACCUGUCCUUCCUGUGCGCUCGUCUCUUGGACCUGCGUAAUGAAACCAGAGCGGCUCGGGUCAUACAAGGUGCCUGGAGGACCUACAGAAUAACGAAGGACUUGCAAGUCUACAAGGAGAGAAACGCGGCUGCCGCGAAAAUUCAGCGGGCCGUCAAGCGUUUACUUCAGCGACGCCGAGCCAGGAAUCAAAACGCGGCGUGCGUGAUCAUACAGUCUGCCUGGAGAGGCUUUGUUAUUCGCAAAAGACUGCGGCUGGAAAAAGAAGCGCAGCUGCGGGUCAUUCGGAAUCGAGCGGCCACAAUCAUCCAGGCCCAGUGGAGAAUGUUUUCCGCUCGGAGAUAUUACCAGCGAGUCCGAUCCACCGCCGUUGUCGUCCAAGCGCGGUGGCGAAUGAAGAGGGCUGCGUCGGCCUUUGUCAAAAUCCGCCGGGCGACGGCUGUCCUGCAGAGAUAUUCAAGAGCUUGGAUUCACGGGAGGAAAGUACGCACGCGCUAUGUCCGCCUCAAAGCUGCCGCGGUGACAAUGCAGAGAGGCUACAGACUGUGGAAAAUCCAGAAAACUCAAAGGGAAAACCGUGCUGCCAGAGUAAUACAAAGCGCAUAUAAGAAAUGGCUCGUGGAGAGAAUGGCCGAAAGAACAGCCGCCGCUGUUCAGAUUCAGUCUUUCUAUAGAACGCAAAGGUGCUUGCGUCAAUACAGAAAGAUCCAAAGAAGCGCUUUGCUCAUUCAAGCGCACUGCAGAGGUGUCAUUCAAAGAUCCCGCUUUCAGAGGCGCAAGCGGCAACACCACUCGGCCGUCGUCAUUCAGAGCGCCUUCAGGGGGCAUCGGGUCAGGAAGCGGGCCCUGAGAAUCAAACGCGCCGCCGUCGUCAUCCAGCGAUGGUACAGGGCCUCCGCAAGAAGGGCUGCGGAAAGGCAAAGAUUUGUCGAGAUGCGCCGCGCCGCCAGGACCGUUCAGUUGGCUUACCGCAAGAAACGCAAUCGCGACUCGCUGAAGAGACGACACCGAGCGGCAACCGUGAUCCAGGCCGCGUUCAGGAAAUUUGCCUGCCGAUGGCGCUACCUCGCCCUCAGGAACGCGACGGUUGUCAUACAGCAAAAGCUUCGAGCCGCAAUUCUAGCUCGGAAGACAAAGGAGGAGUACGGCGCUCUAAGAAAGGCCGCGCUCACGAUACAAGCCUACUGGAGAGGCCGAGCCGACAGGAUGAGGAUUAAAAAAUACCACCGGAGCGCAACGCUUAUCCGGGCCCACUACCGCCGACGCAAGGCUCAAGCGGAGUUCAGGUCUAAAAAGGCGGCGGCUGUUGUCAUCCAGCGUCGCUAUCGGGCUCACGUGCUCGCAAAGAAAACAAGGGAAGCGUUCCUGCAGAAGAAGGCGGCCUGCGCUACCAUAGCGGCGGGAUUCAGAGGCAUGAAAGUCCGAGCGGACCUGCAGAAAAAGCGCAAAGCCGCAACCGUCAUUCAGUCGGCGCUCAGGAUGUAUUCCGCUCGAAAACGAUACAGGCUCCUUCAAAGUGCAACCGUUAUCAUCCAGUGCCGCUAUCGAGCCCGACUCUGUUGCAGGGCGGAGCGACGCAAGUACGAGGAGCAAAAAAAAGCUGCCUUGAAAAUCCAAGCCGUCUACAGAGGCUGGAGAGGAAGAGAAGAAUUUAAGAAGAGGAUCCACGCUGUAAGCUUCAUCCAAGCCGCGUUCAGAACGCACCGAGUUCGUAAGGCUUAUCUUGCCACCAAGUGCGCCGCGGUCAUUCUUCAAGAGCGAUACAGGGCCAAAAUCCGCAUGGCUGAACAGAUGAAGCUGUACAGAAGGACGAAAUCUGCCGCCGUUACCAUCCAGGCCGCGUAUCGUGGCUACUGCGCCCGCAGGAACUUUGCGCAGAUGCGCCGCGUGGCCUCUAGCAUUCACAGAAGGUUUCGCAUGAUCCAGGAGAGGAAUCGAUUCCUGGCUCUGAAGACGGCAACUUUGGCUCUCCAGCGGCGCUACAGAGCGCUGUUGUUGACGAGAGAAGUGCGGCGGCAAUACCUAUCGAGGCGCAGGGCGGCCGUUUGCCUGCAAGCGGCCUUCAGGGGAAUGAGAGCCAGACGACUCGUCAAACAAAAGCAUCGGGCUGCCUCGACUAUCCAGAGAGCUUUCAGAGCCCGCCGCGAACACAAGAAGUACACGGCCCUAAAGUCUUCGGUGCUCGCCGUGCAACGUAGGUACCGUGCCACCGUAGCAGCCAAAGCUCAAAUGCGACGCUACCAAACCCUGCGCAAGUCUUCCAUCGUCAUUCAGUCGGCGUGGAGAGGACUGCGCGUCAGGAAGGACGUUGCUCGUUGGCAUCGGGCUGCCACUUUGAUCCAGUCUAAGUUCAGAAAGCACCGAGAAGAAGUCCGAUUCCGGAGCGCCCGUCUGUCGGCCAUCGUCAUCCAGAGACAUUACCGGGCCUUGGUGCUUCAGAAACGGGAUAGGGGAUACUACCUGAAAGUCCGAUCCUCCGCCGUCGUUCUUCAGGCCGCUUUCAGAGGUCGGCUUGCGAGAGGGAGGAUCGGCCAGAUGCACAGAGCGGCAACCAUCAUACAGGCAAAUUUCAAGAGGCAUAAGCAGCGGUUGCUCUUCAGAAAACGGCGCCGGGCUGCCUUGGUUUUACAGCAAAGGUUUCGAGCUAUGAGGGAGAGAAACUCGGAGAUGAAGCGUUAUCGAGAAGUCAGGAACGCUGCGAUUUGUCUACAAGCGGCCUUCCGGGGAAUGGAAUCAAGAAAAUCCAUCCGACAGAAACACCGUGCUGCGACCGUGAUCCAGGCCGCCUUCAGAAGUCGCAGACAGAAAGUCCAAUUCCAAGCCACUCGUCUGUCAGUCAUCGUCAUCCAGAGAUGCUACAGAGCCCGCGUUCUACAGAAAAAAGAAAGGGACUACUUCCUGAAAAUCCGAACCUCCGUCAUCUGUCUCCAGUCGUUCUUUAGAGGUUGCUCGGAGAGGAGAAGAAUUGCUAAGAUGCACAGGGCAGCCACUGUCAUACAAGCAAACUUCAAGAGGCAGCGGCAACAAUUGCGCUUCAGGAAACAGCUCUGGGCUGCCCGUGUCCUACAGCAGAGAUUUAGAGCCGCCAGUCAGCGCAACGUCGAGGUCAAACGUUAUCGAGAAGUCAGGAACGCUGCGAUUGGUCUACAAGCGGCCUUCCGGGGAAUGAAAUCAAGACAGUCCAUCCGACAGAAACACCGUGCUGCGACCGUGAUCCAGGCUGCCUUCAGAAGCCGCAGAGAGCGAGUCGGAUUCCAGGCCAAACGCUUGGCAGCCAUCGUUAUCCAGAGAGCCUACAGGGCCCACGUUCUUCAGGAAAAAGAGAGGGACUAUUUCCUGAGAGUCAGAUCCUCAAUCAUUUGUCUGCAGGCGGUUUACCGCGGUCGUUUGGAGAGAAGAAGAAUUGCCGAGAUGCACAGAGCGGCUACCGUCAUUCAAGCAAACUUCAAGAGACGUAAUCAGCAAUCGACUUUCAAGAAGCAACUCUGGGCGGUGUGCGUCUUGCAGCGGAGAUUCAGAGCCCAGCGACAGAAACGCCUUGAGUUCAAGCGUUAUAACAAAGUCAGGAACGCUGCGAUUUGUCUCCAAGCGGCCUUCCGGGGAAUGAAAUCAAGACAGUCCAUCCGACAGAAACACCGUGCUGCGACCGUGAUCCAGGCUGCCUUCAGAUGCCGCAGAGAGCGACUCGGAUUCCAGGCCAAACGCUUGGCGGCCAUCGUUAUCCAGAGAGCCUACAGGGCCCACGUUCUUCAGGAAAAAGAGAGGGACUAUUUCCUGAGAGUCAGAUCCUCAAUCAUUUGUCUGCAGGCGGUUUACCGCGGUCGUUUGGAGAGAAGAAGAAUUGCCCAGAUGCACAGAGCAGCUACCGUCAUUCAAGCAAACCUCAAGAGACGUAAUCAGCAAUCGACUUUCAAGAAGCAACUCUGGGCGGUCUGCGUCUUGCAGCGGAGAUUCAGAGCCCAGCGACAGAAACGUCUUGAGGUCAAGCGUUAUAACAAAGUCAGGAACGCUGCGAUUUGUCUCCAAGCGGCCUUCCGGGCAAUGAAAUCAAGACAGUCCAUCCGACAGAAACACCGUGCUGCGACCGUUAUCCAGUCUGCCUUCAGAUGCCGCAGAGAGCGAGUCGGAUUCCAGGCCAAACGCUUGGCGGCCAUCGUUAUCCAGAGAGGGUACAGGGCCCACGUUCUUCAGGAAAAAGACAGGGACUAUUUCCUGAGAGUCAGAUCCUCAAUCAUUUGUCUGCAGGCGGUUUACCGCGGUCGUUUGGAGAGAAGAAGAAUUGCCGAGAUGCACAGAGCAGCUACCGUCAUUCAAGCAAACUUCAAGAGACGUAAUCAGCAAUCGACUUUCAAGAAGCAACUCUGGGCGGUCUGCGUCUUGCAGCGGAGAUUCAGAGCCCAGCGACAGAAACGCCUUGAGAUCAAGCGUUAUAACAAAGUCAGGAACGCUGCGAUUUGUCUCCAAGCUGCCUUCCGGGGAAUGAAAUCAAGAAAAUCCCUCAGGCAAAUGCAUCGGGCUGCCACUACUAUUCAGGCGGCUUUCAGAGCCCAUCAACAGUUGAAGCGGUACCAGAAACUGAAAUCGACUGCGCUAACCGUUCAGCGACGGUUUCGUGCUACCGCAGCAGCCAAAUCUCAGAGGAAACACUUCUUGGAACUGCGCAGGGCAGCCGUCAUCUUUCAGGCCGCCUACAGAGGCCGGCAAACCCGGAAGCACAUUGCUCGGUUGCACCGGGCGGCGACGGCCAUCCAGUCGGCAUAUAGGAGGCGCGUUGAGCUCGUCAAAUUUGAGACCACCUGCGCGUCUGUGGUGCUCAUUCAGAAGUACUACCGGGCCUUUAUUCGUCAAAGGCGAGAAAGAAGCAAGUUCCUGAAACUCAAAAGGGCCACCGUGGUUCUUCAGGCUGCAUAUCGAGCUCACCGAGUCAGGAGGGACAUAAGGCAGCAAAGUCGAGCUGCCACUUUGAUCCAGUCGUACUGGAGAUGCUCUGUCCAGAGGCGCCUCUUCCUGAAGAGGAGAGCGGCAGCCGUGAAGUUGCAAGAGUGGGUCAGAGCAAUGCGCCUCGGCAAAGAAGAAAGGGAGAACUACCUGCGAACGAGGCGGGCCGCCAUUGCGCUUCAGACCCGCUACAGAGCCUGGAUUGUACGAAAGCAGGAACUGGAGGCCGCCAGUGCACGGAGGAGACUUCAUUUCGCCGCCGCAGUCUACCACCACCUCAGUGCUAUUAAGAUCCAAAGAGCUUUGCGAGCACACCGGGUCUUGGAGUCCGCAAAGAGACGGAUCCAUUCUGUCGUCGUGAUACAAAAUCUGGUGCGAGCGAGGUUCCAAAGGAGACGCUAUCUGGCCCAACGGAGGAAGAUCGUGACAGUCCAGAGAGCAGUCAGGCGUUGGUUGGUCCGUCGCCACAAUUCUGCCUCGGUCAUCCAACGUGCUGCUCGGAGGUUCCUCCUCAUCAGGCGCCAGAAGAAAAUGGAACGGGGCAUCGUCAAAAUUCAGGCUCUAUGGAGAGGACACGUCUCCCGCCGACUGAAUGACAAUAGCAAAGUGAUCAAGUUGAGACGCCGCCUGCACGAAGUCUCCGCCGGCGCCCGGGAGGAGGACAAAUUGCAGAACAAAACCUCAUCCGCCCUGGACUGUAUCCUUCGAUACAGGCACUUCUCAUCCCUCCUCGAAGCUCUGAAAAACCUCGAAGCGGCCACCAGGUUGUCGCCCGUGUGCUGUGAGCACCUGGUGGAGAGCGGCGCCACCGGCGUCAUAUUCACCCUCAUCCGCUCCUGCAACAGGAGUGUGCCCUGCAUGGAUGUCAUCACCUACUCCGUCCAGAUCCUCCUCAAUCUCUCAAAGUACCACAAAACCAUUGAGGCUGUGUAUUUGGUGGAAAACUCGGUGGAGACGCUGGUGAACCUGAUCCAGACAUACCGAGAGAAAGCGGGAGGCAAAGUAGCAGACAAAGGCGGCAGCAUCUUCACCAAAGCCUGCUUUCUCCUGGUUCUGCUCCUGCAAGACAAAUCCCACGCCGUGGAGGCUAUGAAAUGCCCGAAAGUCUUGGAAAGGGUCACGAGUAUUUACCGCCUCACCGUUCGCAAAUACAAGAUGGACGCGGAAAGAAAUGUGGCCAAACAGAAGAUGAACGCGCCAAUCAACGGAAGCUUCUACAUCCCAGCAACGCCGCGGAAAUGCCAACCCGUGCCGAGGUUCGCUCCGGACUGGGUUCUCAGGAAGGACAAUCUACCAAAUAUCGUGGAUCCUCUCAAGGCCAUCCACAUGUUGGCAAACACUCUCUCGAUUGUCAUGUAGAUAGUUUUGAAGAGUUAUCAUAUUUUUUUUUUUGGGUUUUGUUUUGGAAAGUGUUUUAUGUACAGUAAACGUGAUUUUACAGAUACAUCUGUGUGGCCACAUUAAAUGCAUUUCUGUAUUAUUUAGUGUUUGUGUGCAUGGUUUUCCUUGCUUUAAAAAAACAAAACAAAAUGGCUAAUGUCUCCAAUGGAAAAAUUACCAGAAAGGCUUGAAACAGCAAA